UGGCAUUUAGGAUUUAGGGUAUAUCAAAAAGAUUAUUUUCGUUGUAUGGAUACAAUUUUAAUUCUAGCACAAACAGUUGGAAAUGUUAUCCCUUCAGAUCGUCGAUGUACAAGAUGUGUUGUCUAUUUUGGAUAAUAAAUGUGUAUUUAUACUUGGACUUGUGAUUUGGUCAAUUGUGGUGUACAGUGAUUACAAUUCCAGCAUAAAUACUCCAGCAGUACCUAUGAGACAUGGAUUUCCAGACAGAAAUUCCUGUACAUUUUGUACAAUGCAUGGGCAAGAUGUGAAACGGAGUUUUGAAAUGUCUAAAUCCUAUUGCUGUUUAUAAUAGCUAUAGAGUAAGACAUUCACACAUCAUAUAGGAAGAUAGCUGUACAAACAAUAGACUUGAGAAGUCACUAUCCAAUGUUAACUAAAGCUACCACCAGUGAGCAAAUAAUUGGCAAGUUUUAUAUUUCCCACUAUAUCCAAAUAUGACCAAAUCCUUGAAAUAUCAUUAUGUGCUCAAGUUGAGGCAGUAAACAAUUACUAACCAAUACUGAGUUUCAGAUCAUCCUUCAACUUCUGCUCAGCGACCAAUACAGCAGUUAGAACAUACAUCUUUGGCCACCACUUCUACAGAGCAAGUAAAUCUUAGUUUACGUCAAGUGGAUCACACUGGAGGGGCGCCGGAUUAGACAGGGGCCCACUGUAUUGAGUCAAAUUGGCAAAAACAGUGAUCAUCAGAACCCGUCUAAACUUUACCAGUAAUACAGCUAUUGUCCAUCCGACCACAGACAGCCAACCAUGGAUAGCUGAUAUGUGCAAAUCAGCAUGGUCUAAUCUAGUCUAAAUGGUUAGAGAUUUUAUAUAUCUUUCUUUUUCAGUUUAAGAAUCUAGAAGACGUGUCCAGAAAAAUUAUUCCGCGCAGAGGUGUGACCAGAGAGAUACAACGGACUUCAAGAAGCAGGACGUGAUGUAGGGUGUUCCAGGAGGAAAUUGACUUAGUGAAAUGCUAGAUAGUAUGGACCGAGACGGAAGUUUAUCUAGACACGCCAAAACGUUAACAUCACAUACCUCAGGCACUAUUGAAAUGAUUUUGAGGAAAUUUUGCAAAAUAUUAAAGUAAAUUAAGAGUAACAAAAAACUAGUUGGAAAAUUAAAAAAAUCAAGGUCGGA